UGUACGCUCGACCAUCACUCGUUCAUUCAUAUCACUUCUCGUCUCUCUACUCUCCUCUCUCUCUCUCUCUCUCUUUCUCUCUAAAAAUGGGAAUUGUAGCCAUUGUUGGAACGUUAUUGCUAAUGUGUGCGAUCGCUCACACUAGUGUUGCCUUCACCGAGGGUUUGCUGCCGAAUGGGAACUUCGAGCAGGGGCCGGCGCGGUCGGAGCUGAACGGGACGCAGGUGACGAGCCGCACGGCGAUCCCCUCAUGGGAGAUAUCCGGGUACGUAGAAUACAUCGAGUCGGGGCACAAGCAGGGCGACAUGCUCCUGGUGGUGCCGGAGGGGUCCUACGCGGUGCGGCUCGGGAACGAGGCGUCGAUCAAGCAGCGGGUGAAGGUCGCCGGGGGGCUGCGCUAUUCGCUGACGUUCAGCGCGGCGCGGACGUGCGCGCAGGCGGAGCAGCUCAACGUAUCGGCGUCGGGGCAGUCCGGGGUGCUGGCCAUGCAGACCAUGUACAGCAGCAACGGCUGGGACUCCUACGCCUGGGCCUGGAUCGCCAAGUCCGACGAUGUCGACGUCAUCAUACACAACCCCGGAGUCACGGAUGAUCCUGCCUGUGGGCCCCUCAUUGACUCCGUCGCCAUGAAGGCCCUCUAUCCGCCCAAGCCCACCAACAAGAACUUGUUGAAGAACGGUGACUUUGAGGAGGGGCCGUACAUCCUGCCAAACACGAGCUGGGGGGUGCUGAUCCCGUCGAACACGGUGGACGAUCACUGCCCGAUCCCCGGGUGGAUGGUGGAGUCCCUGAAGGCCGUCAAGUACCUGGACUCCGCCCACUUCUCCGUCCCCAAGGGACGCCGCGCCGUCGAGCUCCUUGCGGGCAAGGAAAGCGCCCUCUCCCAGGUCAUCCGCACCGUCCCCGGCCGCUCCUAUGUUCUCUCCUUCUCGGUCGGUGAUGCCAAAAAUGCCUGCAUGGGCUCCCUCAUGGUCGAGGCCUAUGCCGCCCGUGACAGCCUCAAGGUCGCCUACGACUCCAAGGGCACCGGUGGGUUCAAGCGCGCCGCCCUCCGCUUCCGCGCCACGUCUGCGCGCACCCGGAUCGUCUUCUGGAGCUCCUACUAUAACACCCGCAGCGACGAUCUCAGCUCCCUCUGCGGGCCCGUCCUUGACGACGUCGCCGUCCUCAGCGUGCGCAGUCCGAAGCGCCUGUAGAAAGCCGGAGAGAGAAAAAGAAGAAGAAGAAGAAGAAUAUUAUUUCUGUAAUUGCACAAUCAUGGUGGUUCCAUUCAAUCAGCAAUAACUGGGCUAUUGAUCAAUUGGUGAUCUUAUACCCUUGAGCCAGUUUAUUAUUAUUGAUAGGAUUAUUGCUGCUGAGUUUUGUAUUGCACGAUUGAGGUGCAAGCAGGCGAGGAGAUGUGCUAGCUAUUGGUUAAAAGUUUCUAUAGAAUGGACGUGUUUAAUUUGAUAUGUCUUGGUCAUUCACAACAAUGAUGAGAUAUAUAUUUUCUCUCAA